AAACGCAGGAGCCUUAUCCGCACCCACGCCGACAUCCACGUUGCAAAGACGGGAGGAUGAUGCUGCGCUCACCAGAUGCUAUAAAUGUCGAGCCCCAUCCGUCACCGGUGAACCACAACACACAAGGCUAGACUUGCAAGGUGGAAGUUUUGGGCAAUGGCGGACAUCGCGCUGCUGGUGGCGGAGGACUUCGAGAAGAGCAGCAAGGCGCGCUGGGAGAAGGCAGACCAUGGGGUGAGGCGAGAGGAGUGCUUCCACUUCCUGGCUUCUUUCACUGUUUCGGCUCUGGGGAGGAAGGCCAGGGAGGAGGUCUCUGCCUUGAAGGAGGUGGGGAGGGCUCUGGAACCAAGGAGCUCCUUUGGCUUGGCUGCCUUUGAUGGCGCCUUCUCUGCUUGACUUGGUGGCUUCCUUCCCCAGAUUGUUGUGGUUCCUGCUACAGAUGCUCUUUCUUUUGACUAGAAUCAUGUACAUAUAUAUGUACCUGUCCUUGGUUGUUGAUCUUGGUAUUGUUGGAAGAUCAAAUCUUGGAGGGGAAAUGUAACGAUCCUACUCUGUUGUCUUCUGGUGAAUCCGAUCUCUGCCAGGACAACCAAGCUGAGAAUCACUACGAACUUCCGUUCAACGUUACGACAUCCAAAUCGAGGAUCAAAGGACCACAAUUUAGUCUCUAGUAAUUGUAUUCUUUUCGCACAAGCUUGCUGAUCCUUUUGGUCAUAGGGAAAAGAAGACGAGAUUGGUCAUCCACAAAAAGCCACAAUCAGAUUGGCAGAAAUAUACCGAUUUGGUGGUUCAUAAGCUGCCAUUGCAGACGCGUGAGCAGGAAACUGAAGUCCUAUCACAAAGAUCCCUUGACUACCUGCUGGCGGGAUGCUGCUGUAUGGUAGCUUAUCAAAGUGAAAGCAGAGGAUGAAAUGAUCAACCGGGAUUUAGUCAGCUUCGGGCCUCACCUUAUCAUGCUGACAACCAAACGAAUACCUGAGCCAAGCAUCAAGUCCUCUUCGAUAUCACAUGCUGUUUCACGGAUUGGUUCAUCGGAAAACACAGGUAGUUCCUUGCAGCAGCAUUAAGCUGAAAUGAUACUGUUUUUGCCUUGUGCUGCAAGCUUAAAUGGCCACCUCUUCUUCGGGGAAUGGUGGGUAAUAGAUUCACGGCACGGAUUCAGUUUUCUCGAAGAAUUCUUCAACAGGAAUUGUAUGACACUUGGGCUGACCACAAAUACCCAAUUCAGUGAUCAAAAUCUGGCUUUUUGUUGCACACUCUCCCAAUGUAUCCACACUAGCUUUUGUCCCCAAAUCCAUUGCAUCUAACACUGAAAUAGCUGUUGUGGCAUCUUGAACUUUUAAUCUCUUGCAUUAUCUUCCAAUUCUCCUGUUGGAUCCUGCCUGCACUCGAUUGCCAUCAACAUGAAAGUAUGAAUCAGUGCUUGCAGAUGCAAUCUCAUGAAAGAACCGAUCUGUCGGCGGGAGAACAACUCGCCCGAGCAAUCAGCUAUCGAAGGCGAUGGAGAACUCAGUAGAGGGGCAGAUGGAAAACCCUAAUUCCAGAACAGAAUACGGGCAUUAAACCAGCACGAAACAGAACCCAGCAGGAAAGAGAUCUCGGGAGAAGAUUCCGAACCGAAAAGAACACCCAAGAUAAAAAGAGAGCCAAAAGAAGAAGGAAGGAGGAGGAAAGGACAGAUUGAUCGCUAAGAGAUCGCACGCCUCGGCAGAGGGACUCCGAGUAGCAGAGAGAUGAGGAGACUCGGAGGGGGAAGAAAGGAAGGUGUGGUGGUUUAACGGAUCCCAAAACAUGAUUCAUAUAGGACACUCAGAUCGGAUUCGGGUUUUAUGUGUUAUCGGAUCCAAAUAUGGCGCCCGUAGUUCGAGUCGUAGUUAUUCCUUAGAAGUUUCCCGUAGUUCCUAAUCCCAAAAAGGCCACCUUUGACGCCCCAAAUGCUGCUCCGCCGCCUCCUCUUCUCCGCCGCCCGCCACUUCUCUUCUUCCGCACCCUCCGGCGGAGUUGCGGCCGAGUCGCGGACCCAGAAGCUCGAGCGAAUCGCCGAUGAGCUUCUUUCUUUGACUAAGGAGGAGCGCAAUGACUACUCCAUCCUCUUCCGCCUCAAGCUCGGCCUCAAUCAAUUGGUUCAGGCCGGAGGCGGCUUGCCCUCGGCGGGGACGGGUCCGGGUGUCGAGGCCGCCACCGAGGAGAAGGAGAAGACUGCGUUCGACAUCAAGCUCGAGAAGUUUGACGCCGCGGCCAAGAUCAAGAUCAUCAAGGAGGUGAGGACGUUCACCGACCUGGGGCUGAAGGAGGCCAAGGAGUUGGUGGAGAAGGCCCCCGUGGUGCUCAAGAAGGGGGUGACCAAGGAGGAGGCGGAGGCGAUCGCUGCCAAACUCAAGGAAGUCGGCGCCACAGUUGCGUUGGAGUGAAAGACGAAGGUUAGGAUAUCCAAGAGCCUACAGGUUUUCGAUUAUGAGGAACUAAAUGAAACUUGGACUGUGCCUCAACUGAUAAAAAAUAACCAUGGAGAGAAUAUUUUCACUUGCAGGUCUUAAUUUGGAGCGCACUCUGAGGAUAUUGAUGGCAAGAUAAUGUAGUAGGAAUGUUGUUAACUACUAUUUGUUCAUUGAUUUUGGUAACAUGAUGAAGGCAUCAUAAACCAGGUUGAUGAAAUGUAAAACUGCUUACGGAUUUUGUUUAUGUAUAAGAUGAUAAUAAUAUGCUGCCAAAAUUAUUUAUGAGUAAAAACAGUACUUGUUAGAAAUCCCGUGUCAUUUAUUUUGCUGUAAAUAGAACCUCUAUGUGUUAUAGCUGACUGUAGUACUAAUUUGUAGGUUUAGAUGUAUGGAAUCCACUAUCUCAUAGCGUAAGUCUGGCAAGAGAUUCAUAUUUUGCUUUAUGAAUAUAAGUAGAUGAGUACCUUAAUAGUAACGAGUUUGUAUUCAGAAAACACAACAAGCAAUUCCUGUAUGUUAGCCACACCUAGAUGUCCAAGUCCAUUGUUCAUAAUAUCCACAUUUACAAGUUCCAUAUACAGUGAUGAAUGUCCUUAAGAGGUGGUUGGUUUUGUGUGUGUGUGUGUGUGUGUGUGUGUGUGUGUGGAAAGGA